AAUAACCUCAAUCAUAAUAGCAUGCGCUUUAUAUUUCAAUGUCAAUUACAAAUAUUAAAAAAUUAUACACGUUACUAAAUAAAAGAAAUACUAUAAAAUCCAUAUUUCACUGUGGAUAUAGUGCAAAAUGUGAGACAAUGUCUAAAGACACAGAUAAGGCGACUCAUAUCGUGUGGAUGGAUCUUGAAAUGACCGGCUUAAAUGUGCGACAUGAUAAAAUUAUGGAAAUUGCUUGUUUGAUAACAGACAGGAAUCUAAAUAUAUUAUCAGAAGGUCCAUGUAUUGCAAUUAAGCACUCAGAUGAUGUUUUGAAAAAUAUGAAUGAGUGGUGUCAAAAACAUCAUACAGAAUCAGGACUGGUGAAGAAAUGUAUAAAUUCUAACAUAACAACAAAUGAAGCAGAAUGUUUAAUAUUGAAAUAUUUACAGAACAAUAUACCAAAAGGUAAAUGUCCAUUGGCUGGUAAUUCCAUAUAUAUGGACAGAUCUUUUUUAAGGGAACACAUGCCAGCUUUAGAUGAUUUUAUGCAUUAUCGUGUUAUUGAUGUUUCAACCAUAAAAGAGUUAGCCAGGCGCUGGAAUAAUGUUGUAUAUAAUUCUGCUCCUGAAAAAAAACUUGCUCAUCGCAGCUUGGAUGAUAUAAAAGAAAGUAUUGAAGAAUUGAAAUACUAUAAAAAUAAUUUAUUU